GCCAUUUUGCUUCUUGAAGUGACGCAACAUCCGGCGUAGAUUUGGAAUCGCUCACUCAUUCAAACAAUUCCAUAACAAAGCAGUUUUUCUCUCUUAAACCUUUUAAAUUGAACGCGAUCAUGGUUUCCCUGAAGCGCGAGAGAGACGUGGACGUGGACGACGAUGAUAAUGAAGAUGAAGUGGCUCCCAAACUAGGACGAGGACGUCAGACAGAAGACCAAAGGAGUCGCCACUGUCCUUAUCUGGACACAAUCAACAGGAGCGUGUUGGAUUUCGACUUUGAGAAGCUGUGCUCCGUCUCUCUGUCUCACAUAAAUGUCUAUGCAUGUCUUAUAUGUGGGAAAUACUUUCAAGGGCGCGGUCUGAAGUCACACGCCUACACACACAGUGUGCAGCUCACCCAUCAUGUGUUCCUCAAUCUGCACACACUGAAGUUCUACUGCCUCCCUGACAAUUACGAAAUCAUAGACUCUUCUCUAGAGGACAUCACGUAUGUGCUGAAGCCUACAUUCACCAAGCAGCACAUCGCAGGUCUGGACAAACAGGGAAAGCUGUACAGAGCCUACGAUGGCACCACCUACCUGCCAGGGAUCGUAGGACUCAAUAACAUCAAGGCCAAUGACUAUGCUAAUGUAGUGUUACAGGCCUUUUCAAAUGUGCCCCCUCUUAGAAACUACUUCCUAGAGGAGGAGAACUACUGGGAUAUACGGCGGCCUCCAGGAGACAUUAUGUUCCUUCUGGUGCAGAGGUUUGGAGAGCUUAUGAGAAAAUUGUGGAACCCCCGAAACUUCAAGGCCCAUGUGUCCCCACACGAGAUGCUCCAGGCUGUCGUCCUGUGCAGCAAGAAGACAUUCCAGAUCACCAAGCAAGGAGAUGCAGUGGACUUCAUGACGUGGUUUCUGAAUGCUUUACAUGGAGCUCUGGGAGGAACCAAGAAGAAAUCCUCCAUCAUCACAAAGGCCUUCCAAGGCUCCAUGCGCAUCUUCUCCAAAAAGCUCCCUCAUCCAGAUUUGACGCCAGAGGAGAAGGAGGCUCUACUGCACACGGAGGACUACCAGGAAAAGAUGUCUGAGUCCACGUUCCUGUUCCUGACCCUAGACCUACCCACGGCCCCUCUUUACAAGGAUGAGAAGGAGCAGCUCAUUAUCCCACAGGUUCCCCUCUUCAACAUCCUGGGCAAGUUCAAUGGCAACAUUGAGAAGGAAUACAAAACGUACAAAGAGAACUUCCUGAAGAGAUUCCAGUUGACCAAGCUGCCUCCCUAUCUCAUCUUUUGUAUCAAAAGAUUCACAAAGAACAACUUCUUUGUGGAAAAGAACCCCACCAUUGUGAACUUUCCCAUCACGAAUGUGGACCUGCGCGAGUACCUGACAGAGGAGGCCCAGGCUACAGAGAAGAACACCACCUAUGACCUGGUGGCUAAUGUGGUGCAUGAUGGGAAACCCACGGAGGGCUCCUACAGGAUACAUGUCCUCCACCAUGGCACAGGGAAGUGGUAUGAGAUGCAGGACCUCCAGGUGAUAGACAUCUUGCCUCAGAUGAUCACUCUGUCCGAGGCCUACAUCCAGAUCUGGAAGAGACAGGAGAGCAGCGAUGGCACAAACCACCACAUGGGGGUAUAGUGGAGUCAGGAGUCCACACAGAGGAGGAGGAGUAG